UAUUGAUAAUGUGAUUCUUUCUUAUCUGAUCAAGAUCAAUCCAAUUCAAUUUUAUUCUAAUAAUAAUGAGUUAGUGUUUCUAACCCAAAUUAAUCAGUGAUUUAUAUACAAGUCUCUUGUUAGCGUUUUCUUUUAUUACUAAUUAAUAACAACAUAUAACGUUAAGGAAAUAACUUACUUGCAUUGAAAUUUGAAUGAAUUCAUCGGCGAUUCCUCCAUAAGGUGCUUUGUUGCCAGCAGAGUAAAAUUUAGGACAGCCGGGUACAGCUCAUUUUGAAUCAGUACAAUGAUUUCCAAACAUAUUUACCAGUCAGUUUUGAAAGUUCAGACUAGAACAGAACUUGCUGAACUGUUGUACCAAAAUGUUAUGCACAAUGAAGGAGGUGUCAUUGCCAUAAACAAACCAUACGGACUGAGGAAUGGGACGGGCUUUGAUGAUCCUCUUGAUACCAAGUUUAAGACUGUCAAUCGUUUCAACUUUAGCCUCACAGAAGUCUUACCUUUACUUGCUAGCAUGCUAAAUGUUCCAAACUUGACUGUAGCUAGAAGCCCUGAAAAGUUUGCCAGUGGUUUGACCCUUCUGAAUGUUGAUAAUGAAGCUGGAAUCAAAAUUAGUAAAGCAGUGAAGCAUCCAACUUCUCCUGCUGUUUACAGCUAUCAAGCUGUGUGUCAUGGUGUCCCUCUACUUUCCUCAAACAGUGGUGAACGAUUAGGUCUCACUACCAAUGAAAGUGACCUAUCUGUAAAACUUUCAACAGAUCAAUCUGCAAACAAAAUAAAAACGAAAAAAAUGAAACAGAUUUAUUAUAAAUACAAAGUCCUAAAUACAAAUCCAGACCUGAACGCAAGCCUUGUAGAAGUAUCAACAAAUCGGAUUUUAUGGUACUAUGUUCCAUUAUAUUUAGCUACGAGGCUGCUCACUCCUGUCAUAGGCGAUCAGAUUCAUGGGAAUUCAGUGAAGUAUUUAUUCGGGAAACCAGUUCACCUACCUACGUUUAAUGUCACUGGGUUCAACCCUCAGAAAUUGCCGGAAGACAUUUGUAAGAGGUUGGAGGUUGAUGAAACUGAUAGCCUGCUAAUUCCGAAUCACCUUCAUUUGUCGUCUGUAACGUUAUAUCAUUUUUCUAGAAAAGAACCAAAACAUCUUACAAUACAUGCACCUCCUCCACCUCACUUUCAAUGGACCUGCUCUCAGCUUAAGUUGUGGAAUGAACCAGAAAAUCUUCUACCAGUUGAGGUAGCUUUUUAAGCCCUUUCUCUCUCCCUGGAUCUGGAGACAUAUGUAUAGGAUUUCAGACAGUCCACAAGAGCGCAGUUUGGACGAAUUAGUUCCAUGAACUGGGGAGCUCAAGUAAAAAAGUUUUGGCUGAAUUAUAGUAAGUUUCUGGAACAAAUUCGCCCAUAGUUCCGCUAAUGUGCUCGUGUGGACAAGGCCUUCAAGAGCUCAAAUAGCUUUUUUUGACUGAAAAGUGGAGAUUUAAAGUUUCAUUUGUAAAAAGAAAGGUUUCUAUUUGCCUAAAGCUUGCAACAUUAUACAGGGUUCUUCAAAAGUCACGCACCACUGGCCAUGAGGGGGGUGGCCUUUUGAAAUUUUUGAGUUUCCCCCCCUUCCCCCGAGGGGAUCAAAAACUGAAAAGUACGUAAAAAAGUCUCCCCCUUGAUAUGAGGAAAAACGUCAUAAACUGCAAGUCGAUAUCAUAAUUAGAACUUAAGUUAUGGCCAGUGGUGAAUGACUUUUGAAUAACCCUGUAUGAGGAAACCACUCUUGGUUUCAACCACCUUAAAUUCAAUGCAACACGGCCACCGUAAAAUCCACAUCAUGUACAAGCAAUUUCAUUAAAAACCACAACAAAAAAAUGUUUAAAUUUUAGUAAGUCAUUGUGAAUUAAGAAAGAAAACCUUGUUCAUUUAAUUUUGUUUCAUUAGAAGAUGUUUGUUUUUUAAUACCAUUAGGGAACUACACAAGUUGAAAUUCUUUAAAAAAAUUAUUUAAAAAACACAAAGAUAAAACACACUCACUUGCGUAAAAUUGUAUAAAAUAACCGGGACGCGUUUCGGGAGCUUAGCUCCCAUCCUCAGCCGCGACUGAAGGUGUUUGUUUACCUCGCAGCUCAUUCCGCCAAUUUGCCGGGUUGUCAUGUUUGUCGAUAAAUUUGAACAACACAUUCGUGGCGCCCGACUCGUCAAAAUUGAAAUUGUUGUUCCGCUUUUUGUAAAUGAAAAUAUUCUCCCAUACAUCUAACAGUUUUUGCUCCUUUACUUCCUUGAGGAGCCUGGGUUCAAAAUUAAUAUUGUGUCCUGUGGACCAAAAAUGGUGUGCCACCGCCGAGCGUGUGAUUUCUCUGUUUUUCAUAUUCCUCACAUGCUCUUGGCCCCUGAUUUUCAAUGAUCUUUUCGUUUGGCCCACGUAACAUUUGUGGCAAGUGUUACAGUUGAUUUCAUAUAUCCCAGGUUUUGCAGAGUCAUCUUU